GAAGAAGAAGAAGAAAAUAAAAACCGAAAAAACAAAAGAUUUUGAAUCUGUUUCACGACUUACAAACUUCGUGGAUAAGCAUGAGUCUUCUUCUUCAUUAUUUUUGUGCAUAUUGAUUUGAAAACGACGAUUACUACUAAACUAGCACCUAGGAAUAAUAAUGAACGUUAGUUAACUCAAGUUCAUAGAACUGGUUUCAGUCAACUGUCAAGAUAUUUUGUAGGAACUCUGAGGUGUCUGGAGUUUUGUUUACAAAUAAAAAUUUAAAAAUAAUUUAAAAUGGAUGAAGAGGAUGAAAUUAAAAUAGAAUAUAACGAAAUAUAUGAGCGUGAUCCUUUACGGGGAGAUUCCCAAGAAGAUCAAAUCCUUUUUGAGAUUGAAGACUUAUGUGAAGAUACUAAUGGAACUGAUGAUGACAACUUCCAGUUGCACAAGAACAAUUCAAACAAGUUAGAUCAACAAACUGAUUUGAAUAUAAAUGAAAAUUAUACAACAUGGUUCCAAUCCAAAGACCCAAAUGGAAAACUUUUAUGUAAUUUUUGUGAAUUAAAAUAUUCAACUGUGCAAACAUUGCGCCAUCAUAUGAAGAGAAAACACACUGAGGAUGCAAAAAAGAUAUGCAAAAAAAUGAUUAACAAUAAAAGAAACAAAAAACAUACAUGUCAUGUUUGUAGAAAACGAUUCAAAAACUUGUUGGAUUUAAAAUCUCAUAUGUCAGAACAUUCUUUAAAAUUGGUAGAGACAUCUUGUAUGCAUUGCAAUGCUACAUUUAGUACCAUAGAAGAAUUGACCGAACAUAUUUAUAUGAAACAUCAAAAAGGAAAUAAAAUUGCAUACAUGUGUAAAUUAUGUGGUUACCGUACAUCAAAAAAAUCCCAUUACAGACAGCAUUGUGAUACUCAUCUAGAGAAUAAAGUAUUGUUAUGUAAAUUCUGUGAUUACACAACAAACUAUUCGCCGAAUUUAAGAAUACAUGAACGUAUUCAUACAAAUUACAGACCGUAUUUGUGCGAUUUUAAUGAUUGUAAUUACAGAAGCGCUGCAAAAUCUGCAUUAAGAAGUCAUCAAUUAAAGCACUAUCCAAAUGAAAACAUGCUUUUUUGUGAUAAAUGUAGUUAUUGUACAGUUUAUAAACAGUCAUUGAAAAAACAUCUAGAUAGUCAUCAAAGGAAUUCUGUAAGAAAAAAAAAACCAAUGGAGAAGUAACAAAAUUAAAAGUUUUUUAAAUUGAG